AUGAACAGUGCAGAGUCCUUGCUGCUUACAUCACUAGGCCCCAGCUCAAGUUCUGGAGAUGGUGAGGAGGAGCCAGGCUGCUUAUUUGAUGAGGAGUUCAAGUUCAUCCUGCUGCCUGUGAGCUAUGCGGUUGUCUUUGUGCUGGGCCUGGCCCUCAAUGCCCCGACCCUCUGGCUAUUCCUCUUUCGCCUGCGACCCUGGGAUGCAACAGCCACCUACAUGUUCCACUUGGCAUUGUCAGACACCUUGUAUGUGUUAUCACUGCCCACCCUGGUCUACUACUAUGCAGCCCGAAACCACUGGCCCUUUGGCACUGGGUUCUGCAAAUUCAUUCGCUUUCUCUUCUAUUGGAACCUCUACUGCAGUGUCAUUUUCCUCACGUGCAUCAGUGUGCACCGCUACCUGGGCAUCUGUCACCCACUGCGGGCACUACGCUGGGGCCGCCCUCGCUUUGCAGGCCUUCUCUGCCUAUCAGUUUGGUUGGUGGUAGCUGGCUGUCUUGUGCCCUACCUAUUAUUUGUCACAACCAGCACCAAGGAAGCCAACAUCCUGUGCCACGAUACGACUCGGCCUGAGGAGUUUGACCACUAUGUGCACUUUAGCUCGGCAGUCAUGGGGCUGCUCUUUGGCUUGCCCUGCCUGGUCACUCUAGUCUGCUAUGGGCUCAUGGCCCGGCGAUUGUAUCGGCCCUUGCCAGGAGCUGCACAGUCAUCUUCUCGGCUCCGUUCUCUCCGCACCAUCACCGUGGUCCUGACUGUCUUUGCUGUCUGCUUUGUGCCUUUCCACAUCACCCGCACCGUCUAUUACCUGGCAAGGCUGUUGAAAGCUGACUGCCAGGUGCUGAACAUUGUCAAUGUGGCCUAUAAGGUGACUCGACCCUUGGCUAGUGCCAAUAGCUGCCUGGAUCCAGUGCUCUAUCUGCUCACUGGGGACAAGUAUCGACGCCAGUUUCAACAGCUCUGCUGUGGUGGUGGGCCCCAGACCCGCACAACUGCCUCCUCCCUGGCACUGGUGACCCUGCAUGAGGAUAGCAGUUGCAGAUGGACAGCCACUCACCCAAACAGUAGCUAUCCUUCUUGUAGGGGAGAACGAUUGUGA